AUGUCAUCCAUCAACACCAACCCCACUUUUCUCAGCCCUAUGGGCCCGGAGAAUCCAUUUGAAGCCGGUACAACCUGCAUAGUGGAGAUUCCAGCCCUAUGGACAUUCAGUCUGAACCGAGGGAGAGGCUUUCCAAAGCUAGGCAACAGUUUCAUGAGCUUCAUUCCAUCCGAAAAUCUCAGAGGAAGUGCUCAAGAAAACACCAAGGUCCUCACCAAAGUUCUUCUAUAA